AUGCAGUGCAUAGGGGAUAUCAGCGAAGAUGUCUGGCAAGACUGCAUUACCCUCUUCCUACAGACUGGGAUGUGCUGUGAUGCAGCAAUUAUCACCAAUUCUCCACCCUGGUUGUUAGCUUCUUACCCCGAAGGCAACUUGUUCCAACUGACCCAGGAAGAAAUUCAGAUCUUGCUGGCGAGAGAGGGGAGAGAGAAGUUGUUUCUUCAGGGAAUCACCCUUGCAGGGACCAAAUGCUUGUUGAUUCGGGACAACCUUUACACUGAGGGCAACAACACCAUGGACCUCCGCACCAAAGGCCAGAGUCGGGGCAGCCAGGCAGUGACUGUAGUUCAGAUUGAGUCUGUAUACCUUGUGGUGAUGGGACAAAAAGGAACAGAAGGAGGGCCUCUCAACCUUAAGGCUUUUGAAAUGGCAGGUUACAUCAGAGAGGCCAUUCAUCAACACAUGGCCCAUUUCUAA